UGGCUGUCCUCCAGGGCCAUCGGGUUGCCCUCCAGCAUCAUCCUCUUCCUCCUGGUAAAGCGGGAAGUGGACAAAAACCGUCUGGAGCAGCUCAAAAUCCGCCGGAAGAUGAUGGAAGCCAACCAGGGCGAGUAUGAGUCGGAGCGAUACAAGCGGGUGGCCAGGGGGACAUAG